AUGGGAGAUAUAGAGGGCAUGUUUAAUCAAGUCAAGGUCAAUGAGCAUCAUCGGGACUUCUUGCGGUUCCUGUGGUAUCCUGGAGGGAACCUAAACCAACCGCCGGAGACUUAUCGGAUGACGACACAUCCAUUUGGGGCAGUUUCUUCUCCAGCCUGCGCAGCUUCGGCGCUACGACAGUGUGCCACUGACAGUGAAGGACAGGUUUCACGAGAGGUCGUAAGCACCAUUAGAAGGAGCUUCUACGUUGAUGAUGUGCUAAAAUCUCUUGUCGAUGAUGAUCAAGGGAUCGACGUGAGGAGGGGUGUGACUACUGCAGUUAAGGAAAAAGGAGGAUUCAGAGCAUGCCAGUGGAUUAGCAACAGCAAGCCCGUGAAUGACUCCAUCCCGUUAUCAGAAAGGUCAAAGAAACUAGAGCUAGCUAUUGACAGUGAGGAGCUACCGACUGAAAGAGCUUUAGGGAUAAUUUGGGAUACCGAGACAGAUACGUUCACGUUCAAAAUUAGGCUAAAGGUGAAAGCGGCUACAAGAAGGGGAAUUCUGUCGGUCAUCAGUAGCGUUUUUGACCCCCUAGGACUAGCUGGGCCGUUUGUCUUACCAGCAAGGAUACUACUACAACGUCUAUGCAAGCAGGACAUAGCAUGGGAUGACACCAUCAGCGAGAAAGAAAUGAACGAGUGGAGUCAAUGGCUAGUUGACAUCCAGAAAUUGGAGUAA